UAUAUAUAACAUCACGAGGUGUAGUGCUUGAGAACUGGUCUACACCAAUAACGAAGAAAACAAGAUUAUCUGGUCGUUGGUGAGGAAAAUAUCAGUGAGAGAGACUAAAAGUGUACGAUAAAGUGCUCAAAGAUGGACGUUAUGCCACCAGGUUAUCGUUUCUACCCCACAGAAGAGGAGCUGAUUUCGUUCUAUCUUCAUAAUAAACUCGAAGGAGAAAGAGAGGACAUGAAUCGUGUUAUUCCAGUGGUGGAUAUUUACGACUACAACCCCUCCCAACUCCCACAAAUCUCUGGAGAGGCGAGUCUGAGAGACACGGAACAAUGGUUUUUUUUCAUUCCGAGGCAAGAGAGUGAAGCUCGAGGAGGAAGACCAAAGCGUCUCACGACCACAGGGUACUGGAAAGCAACAGGGUCUCCGAAUCAUGUUUAUUCUUCGGAUAAUCGAAUCAUAGGAAUUAAAAGGACUAUGGUUUUCUACAGUGGAAGAGCUCCAAAUGGAGCCAAAACCGAUUGGAAGAUGAACGAGUAUACCGCCAUCAAAGGUGAACCAUCACAGUUGCAGUUAAGGAAGGAAUUCAGUUUAUGCAGAGUGUACAAAAAAUCCAAGUGUUUGCGUGCAUUUGAUAGAAGACCACCACCAAGGAGGAACACAACGAGGCAUUCGAUUGCUGAAAAUGGUGAAGAACAAGAAAAGGGUUCGAUCUCAACGUGUUAUGAUUAUCAUCAGCAUCAAAUGUUGGAGAGAAGUGCAACAUGUUCACCGGAGAGUUCUUCCUCCGGAGACCUUGACCAUGACCAUGACCAACCCACCCUGCACGGUGAGGGAGGAACCCAAAUGGAUGUCGACAACGACCCUUUUUUGGAUUGGGAGAAAGUGGAUUUGUUCUUGGGAUCGGAAUCAUGAAGGGUUCCUAUCUCGUGCGAUCUAUCUAAUAUCUAUGCGUUGUUGCUGCUACAACAAAGUUGACUCGGCUAGACACAGAACAAUCAUAAGACAAGCUUGUUUAUGUUAAUUACAAAUGUUGCAGUACUUUAAUUUUUUUUUUAUGUUCUUAUUGCUAUUUCUGUAUAGAUAUGUAGUGACUAAUUUAAACUGUCACAAACUCUUCGUUCUGUGAUCAAUCGAACCAUCUUCAUCAUGCAAAUCUUCAUAAUAU